CUCUCCGUGUGACUUGUGAUAAUAAAGAUAAGGCACCGGUCUUAUUCAGGUACAUAAUCGAACCAUUAACAGGAUGAGGCCGCUAGCACUAAUUAUUUUAGGAUUUACUUUGGUAAAUGGACAAGGUUGCGGUAAUCAGACGUAUACACCUCACACAUAUCCACUGCCGAGCUCACGGAUAGUAGGUGGCAGGGAAGCAGUACCUCACAGCUGGCCAUGGCAGGUAGAUUUACGAUUCCGUAAUAAUCCUCUGACGUGUGGUGGUUCAUUGAUAAGAGCACAGUCUGGCCGUCUGUUUGUAGUCACUGGUGCUCAGUGUGUUGAUGGGUCAGUUGCGGCAGAUUGGAAAGUUGAUGUGGGAGUCCACUCUAGAUCAGCAUUGGAACCAGAACAGAAAACAUAUGAUGUUAGAGAGUUCAUAGUUCAUCAGAAUUACAGUCCAUAUUAUCUAGAAAAUGACAUAGCUAUCGUGAAACUGUCUCAGCCAAUUGCCGAAGGAAAUACCGUCUAUCCAAUUUGUGUUACUUCAUUGCCAAGCAGUGAUUUCUGGGGACAAGACUGUGUUGUCACUGGAUGGGGUGCAACUGUUGAAGGUGGAGAACCUUCAGAUAGACUAAAAGAAGUUUACAAACCAGUUUUAACUGAUGCACAGUGUUUAACAAAUGUAGGCGGAGCCUAUAAUGCUACAAGCAUGAUGUGUGCUGGUUACCUUGCUGGCGGCGAAGGAGCGUGCGCAGGUGAUAAUGGUGGACCUUUAUCUUGUAAAAACAGCCGAGGAGAAUGGGAUUUGGUUGGAAUUGUAAGCUGGGGAUUUGGAUGUGCUAGAGAAGGAUUUCCGGCUGUUUAUGCAAAUGUACAUAAAUUUCUUGACUGGUUAAAUAAUGAAACAACAGACGUAUAAAAUAUUCCAAGUGAUAUGAACAUUUAAAUUCUUGUACAGUGUAUAAGUAUAUAAAAUUUAUAAUGAUUAAACGAGAAUG